CUGGAGACUGGAGAGUGAACUGAACUUCGUUGCCGACAAAUAGUGACUCACAACUUAUGAUGCUUCUGAGGUCUGACCAUGGAUAGCAUCCACAGGACACAGUAUUCCAUAUUGGGGUUGGAGAGAUAGUGUGAUUGGAUGAAUAUUUCAGUUUAUUUUUGCUAUGGAUAUUUUUUUGCUAUUUCAGAGGUUAUGUCAUGUUGGAAUCAGGAGAUUGCUGUUGAUCAUUGGUAUAUUAGUUCCUGUUGUAGUUGUUUAUCAGUGUUUUGCAAUUUCAUAUAGCAAAAAUUUGCCCCUAUUGCUAGCAUCUGAUAAGGGUUUAGUAGCAAUGACGGUUGGCAAUGCGACCAUUAUAGACGAUUCUAAACCGACUACUAUUUUUGUGGCUAUGCCUAAUGAUAAAGAAAGUAAAGUAAUGGCUACAGAUUAUAAUUUGGGAUUAGAUGGUGGGAAUUUCUUUGAUAAUUCUUUCCAUAAGAAUGAGGAUGGAGAUUCACAGGAGGGUGUAACUGAUGUCAAAAGUUUGAAUGUGGGAUAUGUAAUGGACACAGCUACAAGUUCCACUGAAAUGAAGUCUAUAGAAAGCCAAAUUGGACAUAUAGAGAAGGAUGAAAAAAUAGAACAUGGUAAUGUGAUAGAUCAUGAUCAGAAAUCAACAACUGGUUUAACAUUGGGAGAAGAUCAGAAAAGACCUGGUAUUACUUCAGUUGUAUCAACACAACUUUCUUCAAUGGAAGUAAAAAACUUGGCUAACUUUUCUUCAGUUGGCAAUGUCAAACAAGUUAUUGAAACUCUACCCAUGAAGACUGAACUACCUCAAGUUGUAUCAAUCAUCCCAAACAAUAAUCUUACCGCUGCUGAUAUUUCCAUAUUGAAGAGGUUGAAUAAGCACUCAACAUCAAUAUCCCAGAUGAACUCAUUAUUGCUUCAGAGUCAUGUUUCUUCUCACUCUGGGAGGCCCCGGUGGUCUUCUGUGCAUGAUCGUGAACUUCUAUUGGCGAAACGAGAGAUCGAGAAUGCUCCUGUUUUAAGGAAUACUCCAGGACUUUAUGCAUCUGUUUUUCGAAAUGCUUCCAUAUUUAAAAGGAGUUAUGAAUUGAUGGAACGCAUUCUCAAAGUUUAUAUCUAUAGAGAAGGAGAGAAACCCAUAUUCCAUCAGCCACGGAUGAGAGGAAUAUAUGCAUCAGAAGGAUGGUUCAUGAAACUAAUAGAAGCAAACAACCAUUUCGUUGUGAGGGAUCCCAGGAAAGCUCACCUAUUUUACUUACCCUUCAGUGCUCAGAUGUUAAGGGCUGCACUGUUUGAACGAAAUUUCAAGAGUCAGACUGACCUACAGAAUCAUCUGAAAAACUAUGUGGAGUUAAUCGCUGGGAAAUAUCGAUUCUGGAACAGAACUGGAGGAGCAGAUCAUUUUCUUGUUGCUUGUCACGAUUGGGCGGCCCGACUCACGAGGCAGCACAUGAAGAAUGUUGUCAGAGCUCUUUGCAAUGCCAAUGUUGCUCUAGGCUUCAAGAUAGGGAUGGAUACUACGCUACCAGUUACAUAUAUACGUUCCGUAGAGGCUCCUUUUAAAGAACUUGGAGGUAAUCCUCCUUUAGAAAGCUCUAUUCUAGCAUUCUUCGCAGGAGGCAUGCAUGGCUAUCUGCGACCUAUCUUACUGAAGUUCUGGGAGAAUAAAGAAGCUGACAUGAAAGUCUUUGGUCCAAUGCCUCGAGAUGUUGAAGGCAAAAGAAUUUACCGGGAACACAUGAAAAACAGCAAGUAUUGCAUAUGUGCCAGGGGCUAUGAAGUCCAUACACCUCGAGUGGUUGAAGCCAUAUUUUAUGAGUGUGUCCCAGUGAUCAUAUCUGAUAACUAUGUGCCUCCUUUCUUUGAGGUACUGGACUGGGAACUAUUCUCUGUGUUUGUCCAAGAGAAAGAUAUCCCAAAUUUGAGAAACAUUCUGCUCUCAAUCAGAGAAGAGAGGUAUCUGGUAAUGCAGGCAAGAGUAAAGGCAGUGCAAAAGCAUUUCCUUUGGCACAAAAAGCCUGAGAAGUAUGACUUAUUUCAUAUGAUCCUUCACUCAAUUUGGUACAAUAGAGUGUUCAAUGUAAAGACCAAGUGAUGGUGAACUUGGUCUCAAUUGUUGCCUUUUGGAACUGGUGAAGCAGUAGCCGAACAAUUCUCAGUGACUCGGAGGAAAAUCAUUUAUAGUAUGAAAUAACCAAGAAGAAAGGAAAAUGGAGAGAACUCAAACCAUGCAGAUACAACGUUGUCAUGCCAGAUUGUCCGGCUGAUAAGAGUUUGUUGAAGUGCAGGAACCGGUGUGCCUCUGAUGGUUGCUGUUGCUACUACUGUAGUUG